AUGGCAAGUUCCAGCGGCAAAUUUAAUCCUGUGCGUCCAAAGCGCGACGGCGACCACUUCACACGCACACACCACCUGGAUGCUGGCGAACCGUCAGCAAAGAAGCCUCGUUUUGAUCCACGGAACCCCUCCACGCUUGUGCAAGAUGCAGACGAGGAGGAGGAUCCUGCGCUCGAAGCAGACGUGAUUGGAAAGGGGGCCGGUAUCAAGCGCAAUGCAGUCAACAUUGACGGCUACGAUUCAGACAGCUCCACCGAAAACUUCGAUUCCCGCGCAGAAGCCAGGAACAAGAAAGUAGCACCGCCGGAAGAGGAUGACGACGACAUGUUUGCAGAAGACGAUAAAAACAACGAGGAGGACGAGGAUACACGGCGAGAUGAGACCAAGAAGAAGCAGCUGCGGUUCUUGGACAUGGACGAGAUCGAAGGACAAGAGGCUGAGAGCAAAGCUGGUGGCCAUGUUGCGGUAGACUUCACGGGCAAAAACAAAGACACGGCCGAUGUGGAGAGCAGCAGUGAGAGCGGCGACGACGAGGAUCGCGACCGCAUCGACUCGGACGUGGAUGAAGAGAUCGGUGCUGGCGGGAAGAAGAAACAUGCGCCCAAGCUCGACGCCUUCAACAUGAGCGCGGAACAAGAAGACGGUCGCUUCGACGAGGCUGGCAACUUUGUGCGUAAAGCCUACGACCCAGAAGCUGGUCAGGAUUCGUGGCUAGAAGGCAUAUCGAAGAAGGACAUGAAGCGGGCCAAGGAAGCGCAGGACAUGCGGGACGCUGAACAGAAAGCGCGUGAACGAGCGGAGGACUCCAUCAUCACGAGCGAUGUCUUGUCGAACCUGAUUGCGCGGCUGGACGUUGGCGAGACACCGAUGGAGGCACUGGUGCGCUACGGCAAAGCAGCGCCCAAGAAGCAGAAGCCGAGGUACAGCAAGAAGAAGAAGGGCCAAGAGAUGGAAGUGGACGAAGACCCAGCUCAGGCAGCCGCGGCGGCCAAGGCAAAGGAGGCCAUCGACUCCAUCACAGAGUGCGCCAGCCGUCUAGAGGACCGAGGCAUGGAGGACAUCUACGAGCUCGAGCGCGAGAUGAUCAUGCGGCUGUACAAGCGCGACACAGGUGAAGACUGGAAGAACCCACACGCGGGGGAGGUGCAGUGGGAGUUCCACUGGCUCCAUGCGCCAGAAGGAGACGUCAACGGGCCGUACGACCAAGCGACCAUGCAAGCUUGGGAGGGCGCCGGGCAGUUCACCGCUGGUGCAGAAUUUCGCAAAGUGGGUGAGAGGGAGUGGUCACGAAUCUUGGAUUUCGACGAGUGA